GGGCCAUGAGCCCUCCGCGCUCACAGGCAUGUGCCUGGGGACUCCAUAGGGCCGUUUCUGGACCAUGGACACUGCUUUGAAGAGGGGGAGGCUGGACGGCAACCGUGGGUGCUGCGACCUGGCCUCAGGGCCAAGAGCCUGAGCUGUGUCACGGGCAUUGAGUCACCAGUGUGUUCUCAGACCCCCAACAAGCAUCCCAGCCUGGGCAAGACCUUCUCCUUCCCACUUUUCUGCCACUCAGCCUAGCCAUGGCACUGAAAGGCCGAGCCCUCUAUGACUUCCACAGUGAGAACAAAGAGGAGAUUAGCAUCCAGCAGGACGAGGACCUGGUCAUCUUCAGCGAGACCUCGCUGGACGGCUGGCUGCAGGGCCAGAACAGCCGUGGUGAGACGGGGCUCUUUCCUGCCUCUUACGUGGAGAUCAUCCGUCCUGGCAUCGGCGCCAACCACACUGACUACUCUAGCGGCCCUGCAGGCUCCCUGGGGACCCAGGUGAGCUCCUACGACAACUCCAGUGCAGCCAGCCCUGCCAGGAGUGGCGGGGGCUGUGGCUUCCUCUCGAACCAGGGCAGCUUCGAGGAGGACGAUGAUGAUGACUGGGAUGAUUGGGAUGACGGCUGCACGGUGGUGGAGGAGCCACGCGCUGGCGGCCUGGGUACCAACGGGCACCCCCCACUCCACCUCUCCUACCCUGGUGCCUACCCCAGCCAGCACAUGGCCUUCCGGCCCAAGCCCCCUCUGGAGCGGCAGGACAGCCUGGCAUCCGCCAAGCGAGGCAGCGUGGUGGGGCGCAACCUUAACCGCUUCUCGUGUUUCGUGCGCUCCGGUGUGGAGGCCUUCAUCCUGGGUGAUGUGCCCAUGAUGGCCAAGAUCGCUGAGACCUACUCCAUAGAAAUGGGGCCUCGGGGCCCCCAGUGGAAGGCCAACCCCCACCCGUUUGCCUGCUCUGUGGAAGACCCUACCAAGCAGACCAAGUUCAAGGGCAUCAAGAGCUACAUCUCCUACAAGCUCACACCCACCCACGCCGGCUCGCCAGUCUACCGGCGCUACAAACACUUUGACUGGCUCUAUAACCGCCUGCUCCACAAGUUCACGGUCAUCUCGGUGCCGCACCUGCCUGAGAAGCAGGCCACGGGCCGCUUUGAGGAGGACUUCAUUGAGAAGCGGAAGCGGAGGCUCAUUCUCUGGAUGGACCAUAUGACCAGCCACCCCGUGCUCUCCCAGUACGAGGGCUUCCAGCAUUUUCUCAGCUGCCUGGAUGACAAGCAGUGGAAGAUGGGUAAGCGCCGGGCAGAGAAGGAUGAGAUGGUGGGGGCCAGCUUCCUGCUCACUUUCCAGAUCCCCACAGAACACCAGGACCUGCAGGACGUAGAGGACCGCGUGGACACCUUCAAGACGUUCAGCAAGAAGAUGGAUGACAGCGUCCUGCAGCUCAGCACCGUGGCAUCUGAGCUGGUGCGUAAGCACGUGGGGGGCUUUCGCAAGGAGUUCCAGAAGCUGGGCAGCGCCUUCCAGGCUAUCAGUCACGCCUUCCAGAUGGACCCCCCCUUCUGCUCCGAGGCUCUCAACAGCGCCAUUUCUCACACGGGCCGCCCCUACGAGGCUGUCGGCGAGAUGUUUGCAGAACAGCCCAAGAACGACCUCUUCCAGAUGCUCGACACGCUGUCCCUCUACCAGGGCCUACUCUCCAACUUCCCUGAUAUCAUCCACCUGCAGAAAGGCGCCUUUGCCAAGGUGAAGGAGAGCCAGCGCAUGAGUGACGAGGGCCGCAUGGCACAGGACGAGACGGACGGCAUCCGCCGGCGCUGCCGUGUGGUGGGCUUCGCGCUGCAGGCCGAGAUGAACCACUUCCACCAGCGCCGCGAGCUCGACUUCAAGCACAUGAUGCAAAGCUACUUGCGCCAGCAGAUCCUCUUCUACCAGCGGGUGGCGCAGCAGCUGGAGAAGACCCUGCGCAUGUAUGACAGCCUCUGACCACGUGCCCAGCCCCUCCUCGCGCCUGGGCCUGGCCGCUGCAACCCACCCUGCUUUCCCAACCUCCCUGGACCAGCAGUGGCUGGGGGA